UAGCUAAACCAUGGACAAAUAAAACGCAUUUAGCUUAUUUCUCAUUUUCGCUUAAAUAUGUAUUAUGUUGGCAACGCGGGCAAUAACAAUCAGCUGAUAUUCAAUUUAUUGCAACGAAAUUUUUGACAUGGACAAAAGCAAAAGAAAAGUUUGGACGAAGGCCGAUACACUUCUAUUCCUGAAGUGCUACACUGAGAGGAAGGAUGAGUUCCUGCAUGCGCGGAAGAAAAAGUUCGCAUAUGAAAACGUCUUGGAGGGCAUGGUAUAUCAAGGAUUUACAGAUACAACAAUUAAUGCGGCUGCCCUUGUAUCAAAAAUGCGAACGCUUUUGAAUGCCUACAAAACAGCGAAAGACAACGAGAAGCAGACUGGCACUUCUCCGUGCACAGUACCUUAUAUGCGCGAAAUGAACGAAAUUUUUGGCGAAAGUUGCUUGGUGUCCAACAACCACACCAUAAAUAUUGGGACAGAACCUCAAGAGGCAUUGGUUGAGUUUAGUGGUAAGGAUUCAACUGAUUUUCAAACAAUGCUCGACGAUAUGCCAAGUACUUCAAGACAGAGCCAGUCUGCACUAAGCCGUAGCAUAUGCAUACCGAAUGCAGUGUAUUCACAGGAGCCGAACUCAGCAAAUCCUGUUCCGAAUCGUCGUUAUCGGAAAAGCGCUAAAGAACGAUAUUUUGAUAAAAAAAUCGAACAAAAAAGGAAAAGUGCUGAAGUGAAGGCGUAGUUUUACGCGAAUAUAGAAAAACAAAUACAGGAUAUGGCCGAAAAACAAGAUAUUCUAAUAGAAAUUGAACAAAAAAAACUGAAAAUAGAGGAAGAAAAAUUAAAAAUUUUAUAGCAUUAU